AGCAGAGCUAGCUUAUUCUCCAUUUUGGUAGCUACUAGAAGGCAUGUCUGAGGGCUGCUAAACCAGGCAAUAACCAAAACUCCCUAACAAGAAAAGCCUUGCUCUGUUCCUUCUCCAAUCCUUCAGAGGAACUAUGUUUUGGCUAAAAGUCUUCCUUGGCAUCUUUAUCUUGCAUUGUAGUGCGGCUGAAGGAAAUGAGCUGCAAUAUCUCCUAGUAGUACCUUCCGUCUUGCAGAGUGCCUCCUCAAAUACAGCAUGUGUGCAACUUGUCAGCCUCAAUGAGUCUGUGAACCUGAAUGUUCUUCUGGAGUACCAAGGACAGAACGUCACCAUUUUGAAAGAGCAAGUGAGAAAGCAGAAUUUUUUCAAGUGCAGUACCUUUCAGGUCCCUUAUGCCAGAAUCAGUCCUUUGGCUUUCAUCACUAUCUCCUUCAAAGGCAGCACUCUUAAUGAAACAGAGCGAAGGUCUGUGGCCAUUCAAAACACAGGCAAUGUGGUUUUCAUCCAGACUGAUAAACCUAUCUAUAAACCAGGAGAGAAAGUGCUCUACCGAGUUGUUGCUUUGGAUACAAACUUCAGACCAGUUCCUGAAAUUUAUCCGUUGAUCGUCAUCCAGGAUCCCCGGGGCAACCAAAUAUUUCAGUGGAUAAAUGUAACAUCGGAAACUUCAAUUGUCCAGUUAUCAUGUAAAUUAAUUUCGGAACCAAUCCUGGGGGACUACCAAAUCAUUGUGGAGAAGAAGUCAGGAACCAGAACCUUUCAUUCUUUUACUGUAGAGGAAUAUGUACUACCAAAGUUUGAUGGUACGAUCAGUGCACCAAAAACAGUCUCUGUGGAGAAUCAAGAUUUUGCAGUGAAGGUGUGCAGUGUUUACACCUAUGGGCAGCCUGUGGAGGGAAGAGUUCAGCUCAGCGUGUGCAGAAAUCUCAAUUUUUAUGGAAGUUGUAGAAGGGAUCCUCUCUGUGUGUCUGUUAAUAAGGAGCUGGGUAAAGAUGGCUGCUUUUCCCACAUCUUCAACUCAAAGACCUUUGAGCUUAAUCGUUCGGGAUACUGGAUGAACCUUGAUGUCAAAGCCACAAUCACCGAGAAAGGGACAGGAAUACAGAUUGAUAGGUCAGCCACCAUUUCAAUUUCUCGAACACUGGCAACUGUGAGUUUUGAAAAUAUGGACCAAUACUAUAGAAGGGGACUUCCAUAUUGUGGACAGAUCAAACUGCUUGAUGUCAAUGACUCACCUAUUGAAAAUGAGAGUGUCCAACUACUCCUCAGUGACAAGAAUGUGGGCAAUUACAGCACCAGUGCAAGUGGCACGGCUCAGUUUUGCAUUGAUACCUCGGACAUCUUGAGCCCUGAUUUCUCUCUCAGACUAAUAUAUAAACCAAAUGAAAAUUGCAACAGUGAUGGCUGGAUAUUGCCGUACUAUCCAGAAGCCUACUAUUCAGUCCAGCGCUUCUAUUCAAGGACAGGCAGUUUUGUGAAAAUACAUCAGGCAUCAAAAGACCUUUCUUGUGGCCAGACCAGAGAAAUCAAAGUGUCCUAUGUCUUCAACAACAUAAAGAGCAACCCUAAAAACCUAAAGCCACGCACCACAGCAACCUUCUUCUAUUUGGUACUUGUGAAGAAUAAGAUUGUCCAUUAUGGGGAACACACUGUCUCCUUCCGUAGUGCUUCCGUGGGAUCCUUCAACAUCCGGCUUGCUGUUGAUCCAAACUUGGCCCCAGUUGCCACACUGGUAGUCUACAGCCUGCACCCUGAAAAGGAAGUUGUGGCUGACAUUGCCAGAUUCCAGAUAGAGAAGUGCUUUAAAAAUAAGGUCAAGCUUGAAUUCUCUAAGAAACAAGCCCUCCCAGCUUCAAACGUCAGCCUCCAUAUUGAAGCUGCCGCCAACUCCUACUGUGCCCUGCGUGCCGUGGACCAGAGUGUCCUCCUCUUGAGACCAGAGCGAGAAUUAUCAGCAGAAAGUGUCUACAGUCUACUCCCUUCUGAUAUGUUUAGUUACUACUUCAAUGGGCUCAAUCUAGAGGAUGACCCUGAAGAGCCCUGCAUCACAGCUGACAACAUCUUUUAUAACGGAUUGUUUUAUGUUCCGUCAGACACCAACUAUGGCCAAGAUAUCCAUGAUCUCAUUAGAAACACAGGUGUUAAAUUUAUAACUGAUUCCAAGCUACGAAAACCAGUUUUAUGUUCAAGGGGCUGGAAUUUUCCUCUCGCCAGACCUUCAGUGGAGAUGGCAGGUCGUAUCCCCUCAACCACAUCUGUUAAUAUGUUUGAAGCAUCUGCUCCAGUGCCACCACCGCCCUCAUCAGGAGAUGCACUUGGGGGUAAUGUUCUUGUUGAGACUGUUCGGAAGUUCUUUCCUGAAACCUGGAUGUGGGACCAGGUUCCCAUCAAUUCAACUGGACAGGCUGAACUCUCUUACGUUGUGCCUGACACCAUCACAGAGUGGAAAGCUGAUGCCUUCUGUGUAGCGCGGGAGGCUGGGUUUGGCAUCGCGGUACCUGCCACCUUGAUUGCCUUCCAGCCAUUCUUUGCAGAUAUGACAUUCCCUUACUCCAUUAUCAGAGGAGAGGAAUUCCUUCUCAGAGCUAAUGCCUUCAAUUAUCAGGAAAGAUGUGUUCAGGUCCAUCUUUCACUGGCAGAGUCCCCAGAUUUUGAAGCCUAUCCUCUCUUACCGGAGGGAGCUGAUAAAGGGUGUGUGUGCAGCAAUGAGAGAAAAACUUCCAUUUGGAAGAUCAUCUCCAAAAAACUUGGUAAUGUGGUCUUCACCGCUACUGCCGAAGCACCACAAAACAGCGGCAUCUGUGAGAAUGGAACAUCAGGGGGCCCGAAUGUGGGUUGGAAGGACACCCUGAUCAAAACCUUGCUAGUAGAGCCUGAAGGUGUUGAAAGAGAAGUGUCCCAGAGCUCCUACAUCUGUACCAAGGAAGGUACUCCAACCUCUGAGCUGGUAUCUCUGAAGCUCCCUGAGAAUUUAGUGGAAGAAUCUGCAAGAGCAUCAUUCUCUUGUAUCGGAGACCUCAUGGGCACAGCAAUGCGGAACCUACACCAGCUCCUGCAGAUGCCUUAUGGCUGUGGGGAACAGAACAUGGCCCUCUUUGCACCCAACAUCUAUGUCCUGGACUAUCUGAAUGCCACUGGGCAACUGACUGCAGAGAUCGAAUCCAGGGCCACAGGAUACUUAGUCAGUGGAUAUCAGCAGCAGCUGUUAUACAAGCAUUAUGAUGGGUCUUAUAGUGCCUUUGGCAGCAGGGACCGGGAAGGCAACACUUGGCUCACAGCUUUUGUGUACAAGUGUUUUGCAAGAGCUUCACGUCGCAUUUUUAUAGAUGGAAAUGUCCAAACCCAAACCUUAAUCUGGCUGUCUAGCAAGCAAAGAUCCGAUGGAUGUUUCCAAGAUGUGGGGAAGCUCUUCAACAAUGCUCUAAAGGGCGGAGUCGGCAGCAAUCUUGAACUGUCAGCCUACGUCACCUCAGCUCUGCUCGAAUCUGGAUUACCCACCUCGCAUCCAGUGGUCCGAAAUGCUUUGUAUUGCUUGGAGACUGGAUUAGAACAAGGAGGUCUCACUGUCUAUGCACAAGCCAUUUUGGCAUAUGUUUUUGGCCUUGCCGGUAAUAAGCCCAAUCUGGAUGUCCUAUUGGACAAACUGAAUAAAUCAGCUACAAGAGUAGGUGGUUCAUUAUACUGGGAACGGAAUGAUAAACCACCAACAGAAAGGUCUCCCUCCUUCUACCCCCGUGCCUCAUCCGCGGAAGUUGAGACGGCUGCCUAUGCGGUCUUGGCAGUGCUCACUGGGGCCAACCCAACCUCAGCACAAAUUACAACAGCAUCACAGAUUGUGAACUGGAUUACCAAGCAACAGAAUCCUUACGGAGGUUACUCAUCCACCCAGGACACAGUGGUUGCUAUUCAAGCUCUGGCUCGGUUUUCCCAACUUACCUUCUCUAAGGAUGGUCAGAACACUGUCAAGAUCCAUUCCAACAAGCCUUUUGAGAAAGUAUUUGAGGUGGACAGUACCAAUCGCCUUUUGCUGCAGCAAACUUCUCUACCCGAUGUUCCAGGGGAAUAUGCAGUGGCCGUGAGUGGCAACGGAUGUGUCUUUGUCCAGACAACUCUGAGAUACAACAUCAUCCUCCCUCAGAAGUCUUCUGGGUUUUCCAUCUCUGUGCAGACUGCAAAUGCUUCUUGUUCAGACAACGUCCAGAAAAAGUUUUCUAUUAGCAUCACAGCCAGUUACACCGGAAAGCGCAAUACUUCCAACAUGGCCAUCGUUGAUGUAAAGAUGCUCACAGGAUGUGUACCUGACCAGUCUUCUCUACAAAAGCUUCGUGAUGACAGGGUUGUGAUGAAGGUGGAAACUAAAGAAAACCAUGUUAUCUGCUACCUGGAUGAACUUUCCUACAAGGCAACAAGUUUCAGUUUCAUGAUUGUGCAAGAUCUUUCUGUUUCAAAUCUCAAGCCGGCUUCAGUGCGUGUUUAUGACUAUUAUGAAACAGAUGAGACUGGUGUUGCUGAAUAUAAGUUCCCUUGCAAUGCAGAAGAUUCUUGAGCCCUCCAGAUAUUUUGAGGAUGUUAAUGAAGAUAUCCAGGGCCUAGGAUAAAGCUAUGCUAUGGCAAGAAGUAAUACUGUCGAAGUUCAAUAAUUGAAAAUUGGUUUGGGGCAGCUUUCUAGCUGAAGGUUUUGCAACUUUGGAUAAUUUGAAAUAA